CAAAAGUCAACGAGCUACUCUUCGCAUCGACACUUUUCCCUAUCGCCACGAAACAGAACUUCUGCACUUCCACAGUCGCCUAUACAUUGAUUGAUACACCGUAAAAAAAAAGCAGAUAUCCCAAUGGGCUGGUGGAAAGCAGAUCCCGCCCCGGAGCCCGAAGCGCCACCCGCAGCGUCCUCGAUCCCUCCCCAUGGCGAAUUCAACCACCCACAGCAACCCUCUACAGAUCCCGCCUCGGCCUGCCCCGUCGACCCCAAGACCCGAGAGAUAUGGCUCCGACAGGCCCAGCAGAUAAAGAAGUCACCGUCACAGGGAGAAGCACGCUCAGGCGCGCAAACGACACAUCCCUCCCUCCCGGCCUCGCAUCCUCCGCUCCCCAAGCCGACGACGAUAUCGUCGCAAGAAUGCUCCUCCGACCGCAUCUCGCAGGACCCCACCGUCGAGACUCACUCAGGUUACCAGGCCGCCCGGCCGCUCUCACACGGCCGCGUGGUCUCCUCCAUCCCCCGCGCGUUUUCCCAAUCCACACAGGAGCCCUCUCAGACACCGCCGACAACUUCACCGACACACACAAACACAAACACAAGCACAAGCACAAACAUACCAGCAAACUCCGAGUCCGAGACCGGCGCCUCAGCGAGCGGCAACUGGAUCUACCCGUCGGAGCACCAAUUCUUCCACGCCGUGAUGCGCAAGCAGACGCUGUCGUCGUCGAACCCGACCGACCUGGCCACGUCGAUAUCCGCAAUCAUCCCGAUCCAUAACGCCGUCAACGAGCAGGCCUGGGUGCUGAUCAAGCGGUGGGAAAAGGGCACCUCGGACGCCUGCGGUGGCCCCAGACUGCUCUCCUUCCAGGGCCUGGGCGCCGGAGCAAAGUCCCCCAAGGCGAGGUGGAACUCUCUAUGGGGCUACACCGAGCCGUUCGAUCGACACGACUGGGUCGUCCAGCGAUGCGACGGGAGCAAAGUCGAGUAUGUCAUUGAUUUCUACCAGGGCAAGGCCCUCCAAGGCAAGAACACAAAGCAAGGAAAUAACGCUUUGAAUUUUUACCUCGACGUACGGCCGAAGCUAAAUACCAUCGAGGGAUGGCGGAUGAGAGCGGAACAGUUGUUUGGGUUGAGGUGAUAUCAGGCGAAUGGGUGUAGACGUGACACAUAGUCGAAGGAGAGCCAGCAAAGCCUGGUGGUAUCCCCACGCCACCAAAGAAGAUAGUGAUCCAUUGUAUAAUAAUAGAGCAUAGUAUGCAGUCAUUCGGCAAAGGCGAGGUGUCCCUGCUUGUGUACAAAUCUCAAGUCAAUUCAAGUCUAUCUCCUGAUUAGGUA